AUGACCGUGGAAGAGAACAUUAGCUGGUCUGAAUUACUGAAGCACCCCAUUGUCACGGCUGAGCAUGGCAAUGACCGCAACCGAUUUGCAGCAGCAACCGAGUCUCUUCAGAAAGCAGCACACCAAUUCGCCAGCGCCCUUAAUGACCGUGCCAAGUUGUUAGCCAACAGCGCUCAAUAUGAUACAGUUUUACAUGAUGCAGCAGCUAUAGUUACGAUAUUACCAGAGUCAGGGCUUGGAUACUUGUGUAUGGGAGACGUGCACUGUCAACUAGGACGUUAUGCAGCAGCGAUUUCCAUAUACGACGAAGGCCUUGAAGCAGUACCCGAAUCGGAUCAAUAUUAUCAACAGCUUCAGCAACAUCGAAUGUCAGCAAUAACCAACAACAGCAAACAGGUCGACUUCAUCAGCCAAUUGCCAUUCGAUAUUGUCACCAUCAACAUUUUACCAAGGAUGCAGCCAAAGUUCUAUUGUGAAUCAUCGUGCGAAUACCUUUAUGUAUCACGUGGAUGGCAGCAGCGCAUCUUGCAGCAACCCAAUGGCUUGGUGUUCGAUUUCGGCCGAGAGACCGAUACCUUCAUGAAAGGCCAUGACCAACUUGUCCGAUUCGCUCCUUAUGUUCAAAAGUUGAAAGGCGAUGUCUUUGCUGAUGCAAAGUUGGAAGAUCUCUUUUCUCGGGCCCACUUUUCCAAUCUUAAGCACAUGCAUAUAUACUGUCAAUCUACAACCUUUCGUCUUCCAUUAUUGAAUGGUCUACAACUGAUUUCUGAUUCAUUGACGCACUUGGCUGUUGAUGGGCGGGUGGAUAAUCUUCACUUACGUGAUAUUCUGGAAUCAUGUCCAAACCUUGUAUCCCUGCGUACAGAGAGUGUAGACCCUGCCAUGGUAUCAUUGCCAAUAUCAUCAUGCUAUCCUAAGAUCACGCACCUUGCGCUUCAUGAUGUACCAGAAGACACUGCUCUUGAGUAUGAUCAUAUGAUUGGUGUCCUCAGUCGGUUUCCUUCUUUAUUAUCAUUCGAGAUUUCACCAACGCCCGACUCUCGCGUCUUACCGAUUCUACACGAGUAUUGCCCUUAUCUACAAGUCCUUUAUUUCGGGUCCACAAGCAAGCAAUUAGGCGUCAUUGAUGUUCAUCCACAUCGAAAAGGAAUCAAGUCAGCUCAUCUAGGAGGCGAGUUUGGAUACCUUGUUGCACAAGGUGACCUGAUCCAGUUCCUGCAUGUGCACAGAAAUUCAUUGGAAGAGGUUGAAGCUUGCGAUGACAUUGAUGAAUAUGAUUCAUAUUGGAAAUUGGUGAAUGGACAAGUGAUAAUACAAGCGGGUGAUCGAGAUGCACCACCACCUUUACGCUUUGGAUACGACCCAACAACUCAAGCUGAGAAUUCAUUCAUGCAACUGAUCAGCAUCGAUUUUUCGCAUUCCGAGUCAUCUACAUCGAAUGAAUUCGUCCUAUGGUUGAUAUCGAACGCACCCAAUCUCAAAGCCAUCAAUCUUCGCAUUUCACAUUUACGACAUGAUAUCACAAAUGCCAUGAUCAAGUUAAGGCAUCUUUCCAAGCUAGAGAUCGUGCGGUGGGUAUGGGGAGAUCAUAGCGACUACUAUGAAGGCAUCAUUCAGUUCUUGGAACAUCAUGUUGGAAUGGGGGAAACGUCAACGCUCAAGGAAAUCACUAUAAGUGCGAGAACAAUGGCGUUUGAUGCAACAUGGAUACCCUUCAUUUCGAAGCUACAAUGUCUCAAGAACCUGAAAUUACACGCUCUUUCCAUCCCCGAAGACUGCUUGCCAGUCAUGGAAAAGAUAGGAAGAGGCUGUCCAGCUCUAGAGGAUUUAACUCUCGGUGUGCGUGGUUGCGAUAUUGGUGACGGCAUCAUCUCCUCUCUUUGUCAACAUUCGAAUCUUAAAUGUCUCAGGAUUGGAUCAACAUCACUAAACCCUGGCACCCUUAUCCUCAUGACCAUACUUCCCGGUUUAGAGAGUCUCUACCUUGAAUGUAAUGUUCCAGAGAGUGUCAUGGAGAUGUUGCGUAAGCACGUAUCCAAAGCUAUGAUAAAUAAACCGUAA